GUCUCUCGGAGAGGAGCGCGCAGUGGCCGAGGGAGCAGCACGUAGAACCUGUUUUCUGUUCUGGCUCCUGCUGCAGAAAAGUGCGAGAUCUUUUACGCAGCCCCCUCCCACUUACUCCCCCACCCCCUUUUCCCUCCUGGUUGUUUGUUUUUAUUUUUUAUUAUCAUUGUUUUUUAAUUGUAUUUUUAUCCGACUGGCUUCUUUUUUUUUAUUAUUAUUCUGUUUUCACGGUCCAGAGGAAUACAACCCGCAUUAGAGAAUCAAUCUGAAAAGGACAGACGGACCCUCUCAGCCCCUCCGUCCCCCCACACCCCAGGGAUGCUUAGCCGCUUUUCCCCAGAGGCUCACCUUGGCAGUUAGAGGAGAGGUCAUCACCAUGACAGCGUCCUCACAGGACUCCAACCCCUCGUUUCUGGCUGGCCUCUUCCUCCUCCUCCUCCUCCUCCUCUUCUUCCCAGCUGUUUGCACGCAGAACUCGGCGGUCCCGACGAGCCCGACCACGCUCCUGUUCGACCCGCUCACCCAGCCCGAGUGCACAAAGAAGGAACAUCCAAAAGUUUCCAUCCAAGCGCUCAGCCCGUGGAUUUCUGCGUUCUUCCACCCCGGCGUGAGAGACUACUCGCAGCUCACCCUUGACCUGACUAGGGAUGAGCUUAUUGUGGGUGCCAGAAACUACCUUUUCAGACUGGAUCUCCGUAACCUCUCUCUGAUACAGGCGACGGAGUGGGCACCGGAUGAGGAAACCAGGAAGUCGUGUCAGAGCAAAGGCAAAACAGAGAUGGAAUGCCAGAAUUACAUCAGAGUCCUGCUGGUGAACAAGACAGAGGUCAUGACCUGCGGGACUAAUGCUUUCCAGCCGCUAUGCAUCAGCAGAGAGGUGGGCAACAUCAGCAGAGUGCUGGAGCGCGUGAACGGCGUGGCGCGCUGCCCGUACGACCCUCGCCACAACUCUACGGCGGUGGUGACAGAGAGCGGGGAGCUCUACGCCGCCACCGUCAUCGAUUUCUCGGGUCGCGACCCCGUCAUCUACAGGAGCCUGGGCGGCAUGCCGCCGCUGCGCACCGCCCAGUACAACUCCAAGUGGCUCAACGAGCCCCACUUCAUCUCCGCCUAUGACGUCGGCCUCUUCACCUUCUUCUUCCUGAGGGAGAACGCGGUGGAGCACGACUGUGGCAAGACGGUGUACUCCCGCGUGGCCCGGGUGUGCAAGAACGACAUCGGCGGGCGCUUCCUCCUGGAGGACACCUGGACCACCUUCAUGAAGGCGCGGCUCAACUGCUCCCGGUCCGGAGAGAUCCCAUUCUACUACAACGAGCUGCAGAGCACCUUCUACCUCCCCGAGCAGGACAUCAUCUACGGCAUCUUCACCACCAAUGUCAACAGCAUCGCAGCCUCGGCAGUGUGUGCCUUCAACCUGAGCGCCAUCACCCAAACCUUCAACGGACCCUUCCGCUCCCAGGAGAAUCCCCGCUCCACCUGGCUCCCCACACCCAACCCCAUCCACAACUUCCAGUGUGGCACCAUAAAUGACAAAGGUCCCAAUGAGGGUUUGACGGAGCGCAGCCUUCAGGACGCGCAGCGGCUGUACCUGAUGAACGACGUGGUGCAGCCAGAGUCCGUGAAUCCUCUGGUCAUGCAGGACGACGUCCGCUUCUCAAACCUGGUGGUGGACAUCGUCCAGGGCAUGGACACCCUUUUCCACGUCAUGUACAUCAGCACAGAAUACGGCACCAUCCUGAAGGCUCUGGCCACGCCCAACAAAAACCUGCAGGGUUGUUACCUGGAGGAGAUGGAGCUCCAUCCGCCCGGCGUCCGAGAGCCGAUCCUGAGCCUUCAGAUCCUGCACAGCGACCGAUCGCUCUUCGUUGGCCUCAAAGACAGAGUCCUGAAGAUCCCUCUCGAGAGGUGUUCCUCCUACAAAACUGAGUCGCUGUGCUUGGAGGCCAGGGACCCCUACUGCGGCUGGGACUUCAGGCAGCGCAAAUGCACAACGCUGGAGGAAAGCUCCAACAUGAGCCAGUGGAAACAGAACGUCACCGUUUGUCCGCUGCGGAACCAGACCGUAGACGGCGGCUUCGGGUCCUGGACUCUGUGGCACCCGUGCAGCAACGACGAUGCGCUGGACGGCGUGAGCUCCUGCUGGUGUCGCUCCAGAUCCUGCGACAGCCCCGGCCCUCGGUGCGGGGGCAAAACCUGCGAAGGGCCAACCAUUGAAGUCUCAAACUGCUCCAGAAACGGAGGCUGGACGCCGUGGUCGUCGUGGGGACAGUGCAGCACCACCUGCGGCACAGGCUUUGAGCUGCGCCAGCGCUCGUGCAACAACCCGUCACCCCGGCACGGCGGGCGCGUGUGCGUGGGGCCCAGCAGGGAUGAACGGUUCUGCAACGAGGGGGUGUCGUGUCCUCAGCCCAUUUUUUGGACGCCGUGGGCCUCGUGGACCAAGUGCAGCACAGAGUGCGGUGGAGGCGUCCAUUCCAGGGUCCGGUCCUGUGAGAAUGGCAACACCUGUCCAGGAUGUGCGCUGGAGUACAAGGCCUGCAACCUGGAGGCAUGUCCAGAGGUGAAGAGGAACACGCCUUGGACGCCCUGGAUGCCGGUCAACGUGACGCAGGGCGGCGCCCGUCAGGAGCAGAGGAUGCGCUACAUGUGCCGGGCCCACCUGGCCGACCCCCACGAGCUGCAGAUCGGGCGCAGGAAGGUGGAGACGCGCUUCUGUCCGAAUGACGGGACGGUGGUCUGCGAAACGGACAGCCUGGUGGAAGAGUUGCUAAAAACGCCAGUGGUGAGAACGGCAGGGACGAGCUGGUCGUCGUGGGAGACCUGGUCCAGCUGCUCUCAGAGUUGUGCCAAAGGUUACCGCACCCGUCGGCGGACGUGCUCCGGACCGGAGGGGAAGAGCGCCCCCGUGGCAUGCCGUGGCUCCCCGGUGGAAUACCAGGACUGUAACGUGCAGGCGUGUCCCGUGAAAGGCGCUUGGUCCUGCUGGUCUCCCUGGUCUCAGUGCUCAGUGGGCUGCGGUAGCGGCCACUACCAGCGGACACGCUCUUGUAACAGCCCCGCCCCCGCCAACGGAGGAGACAUUUGCAUCGGCCUGCACACCGAGGAGGCCCUGUGUAACACACACACCUGCGACGAUUGCUGUAAGUGCGACACAGUACCACUUCCAGACGGCUGGUCCGGUCGGAGUCGAUCGAGGUUGAAACCCGGCCACCAGCAGAUAUCCAGGAGCCUCUCUGAGGCUUUCGCUGACAGGAGGGAACAGAUUGUGCUGACAAAGCGGCAGGUUGGUCGAUCCGGGACUGAUAGGAAAGGCGGAUGGAUGGCCUGGUCUCUCUGGUCAGCCUGCGACGACUCCGGCUUCCAAACCAGGAGUCGGGUAUGCGGCGCUCAGGGGGGCACCCCCUGUGUGGGGAACAGCACCCAGCGCAGGGACUGCAAUGAAAUACCCGUCAUUCUCCCGGCAUCUGGUUUUGAUAAGGACCAACAGUGCGGAGCCUUCACCUCCAUCCACCUCAUCGCCACCGGCGUUUCCUGCUUCCUGGGGGCGGGGCUGCUGUCCUUCCUCGUCUACGUUUACUGCCAACGGUUCCACAAGCCCUCGCAGGAGUCCGCCGUCAUUCACCCGACCACGCCGAACCACCUCAACUACAAAGGCAACACCACACCAAAGAACGAGAAGUACACACCCAUGGAGUUUAAGACACUGAACAAGAACAACCUGCUGCCAGACGAAAGAUCCAACUUCUACCCGACGCCGCUGCAGCAGACCAACGUCUACACAACCACCUACUAUCCCACACCACUCGGCAAGUUCGACUACCAACCCAACUCCUCCCCCUCCCCAUGCAGAACCUACAACAACAGUAACAACAGCUGAGACGCAGCCCGCCGAUAACCGUCCUCUGUCCCCCCUGACGCUCUCUCCCCCCACCCCCAAAUGGACGCCAGCACCACGGUGACAUCAGUGAACCAAUGUGAACUGAAAUGUUAUUCGGAGCUAAUGUUUCUGUGCUCCACGCCAUCACCUCCCUGAACCCGUCGUCUCUUCUGCCUGGUGGCGUGUUGUGUUUUCAGGAUUGUUUUUGGAACUUUCCGUCGAGAGACGUGGAUUCGGACCACAAAAGCCCGGCUCCUGGUAAAGUCAAGAACUUAUGCAACCAGUCUGGGGGGGGUGGGAGGGGGCGUGUGUUUUUGUAAGGAAUCUGUCGGGGAUGUCGCGGUGUCAAUGCCAGCGCUUUAUCUGGGGAACAAAUGAAAAGAAAGUCAACAAAAUGCCGAACUCUGGCUUGGAGGAGAUUUGUCGCGACCGCUUCAGUGCAGGUGCAGGGGUCAACCUGCCGGGUCGACGACCCCCGUCUGCAAAGACCCAUGGGAAUCGGACAACAACAAAAAAAGUACGCUCUUUUUUUUUUCUUUUUUUUUUACUGGAUAAGAGUUACAUUUUUUAUUUUUGUCUCUCCAUUAUAAACAUCAUUCUUGGCCUGUAAUGAACUCGAGUCCCUCAACAACAAAAAGCCGUUUCAGAGAACAAAGGGCACACGUAUUCCUCGUCCUCACCGCACAGCACAGGGGGAGGCAACGACAACAAAAGAGAAAACCGAAUGAAGUCGAUGACAAAAUAAAUUACAGAUCGAUAUCAGCGCCGUGGAGUGGGAGAGGAAAUGCGCUCGCUCUCUCAUCCUCCCUGUUGUUGGUAUUUUCACGUGACGGGAAAGAUAAGAAGUUUAAAGUUGAUUAAGCUUUUGUGAGGCUGAUUGGGAAAAAACUCACAUGAAGCACCGUCACCCACAGCUGGAGAGAAUUAUUGUCUAAAUCUGCUCUCGAUCAAAGUCCCCAUCCCGUUUUGGAAGACGAGGAUGAAGGAUGAAGGUCGUAGCCGGGAAUUUGGUGAGGCUGUUCGGAACUGCAAAAGCUUUGGGAAUGCCGCGGGUGCCUGGGGAGAUUUUUGUUCCCAUCUCUUUUUUUUUUUUUUUUUUUUUUGGUUAUUUUCCUCUUUUAGUUUCAGCUGAGAACAACAAGGAUUCCCGAAGAAGAGGAUUGAUUGAUUCUCCAAUUAAUUCUCCACUGAAUGAAUGCAAUUCUACUGAAUGCUAAAUAGUUCAGUGGUCAUAUCAAAUAUGGCCAGUGUGCUGAAGAACUGGACCGAGGUUUUUUUGUUUUUUUUCCUAUGACGGUAGAAUAAGCUAGCAGUCUGGCACUUGUUCUUUUCUAAAUGUUUGGUUUUUACGGCGGUUUUCUGUUCACAAUGACCUGUAGCAUAGAAGGAGAAUAUUUUGUUAAAUAAGAAUAUAACUGAUUGAUAAUUCUUGCUUCUCUAAUUUCAUUUUCGUAACAAAUGCAUCGUCAACACGUGAAAUGUUACAAAAAUAAAACAAUGAAUUUUAAAGUCUCCUUUUUUUGGGGUUUCUUUUAUAUGAAUACUAACAAAACCAAUCCCUUUCACCCCCUACUCAAAUAGAGGAAGGAUAAAAAAAAAUUUAAAAAACUUAUGCUUGCUUACAGGAAAAUGAACGCAAUGAAUGUCUGAAAGUGGGACCUGUUAGCGUGGAACGAGAAAAAAAUACAAAAAAAAAUAGGGUUGCUUUGUUUUGUACCAUGUAAAUGCUUUCAUACAUAUGAGGUGGGUUUUAUCUGCGUGUGCGUGUGUGUGUGUGUGCAGCUUUUUUCUGUUUCACGUCUUGAGAUGUUAAUUGUAAGUCCAGCGUUGCGCCUCUUGGUGGAAUGUACAUUAUUUAUAGCUUGGUUUGUAAAAGGGCAUUUUCACUGGAGUAUUUUAUUGUUACUGCCUGAUCAAUGAAUGCUAAGUCGGCCAGGCUAACUCAAGUUCAAGCUAAUGUAUACAUGCAUGACAUGAGAGCUCUAUCUGUAUAUAGGAGCAGCAGCCUUCUGCCCAGUCAAUGUCCCUGAAGAGGAAUGUGUAAAUGACUAUGUAUACUGUAUAGCUAACAUUUUGUUUAAAAAUAAAAAGAAGAGAGAAGCCUUAUAGUUGUUUAAAAAAGAAAAUUUAAAAAAGUGCAGCAGCUAAGUACACAAUAAACCCCGCGGUUUGUUUGGGGAUGGAGCUCCGUGAUGUGACCUACCGCCUGUGGCUAACGCGACCUUCCCCAGCUGCCCAAACACACGAGACCGACUGGCUGUCCCACUGACAGGAAUCAAAAACUAUGUGGAUCAAAAUAAAAAAAGCUAACUGGAAACAAACGGAUCGUUUUGAUCAUUCCAAUUUUCUAUUGGGCCCCGGUCUGAAAGCUCUACAUGCGAUUGGUCGUUCUGAGCUCCGGCCCCCCGGCCAUGUGACGCUCUGUGCCCCUUCUAUGCAACUUACCAGGUGUACUGUUAGACCUGUCGUGUAGACUAUAAUCACUGCCUUUUAGACACUGUGAACUUUUUUGUACCCUAUAUUUUUGUAUAUUGUACAUGAUUAAGGACAAUAAACCUUGAUGCCAACACAUCACUGUCAUGGCUA